GUUUGUGAACCACGUCACUGAGAAGGGUCAGACAAAAGCCGUGGCGCAGCCUGUUCACCUUGUGGCCAGAGAGUUUGGUAUCCCUGAAUGGAUUGUACGACUCCGCCAUGAUGCCACACACAGCAGCAUGCCCUCUCUGGGUGCUUUAGUCACAGGAAGCAAAUGGGCAAUUCACUAUCUGAAGGAGCACUUCUGGAAGCAUCAGACGCUGGAAAGUGUUGCAGACGACAAAGAUGUUGAGUUCUCACCCAAAGGAGCUAAAAUGUCCACCAUCAGACAAACUUUUUAUGAUUUUCAGAAAGUUCGUUAUCAGGAGCUGAAUGCAGAUGACCAAGAAAAAGAGGAAUGCAGUGUCAGAAUUAGCAGUACAAUGAAGAUACUUCAGAAAUACCUGACACAGAACAGGUUGAGGUUCAUCAAAUGUUUCCUGGAGGAUGGCAUACUAAUCUCCACUGAGGAGCAGCUAGUGGCAUUUGGUGUCAGUGCUGAUGAUCUGAUGUCUCAACUUCCUCCCACAAUUCCUCUGGAAAUUGCAGAGUUCUGGAGGCCGCUACUGAAAACAUUAAACAGUUCUGGUGCCCUUCCCCUUCUUGUGCAGACAGCUGUGUUCUCUGUGACAUCAGGAGAAGGCAUCCGCAACUACCAGCUUGUUGCCUGGGUGGCCUAUUUCUUAUCCUUGCAGUCAGAUCCCAACAACAAGCAUAAAAAGAAAAGAAAAAGGAAACAAGAAGUCAUGUUCAAGAUAACAACUCCGCUACCACUGAAAACCAUGUUGUCAGCCUGCCUGCAGAAUGUCAACCUGCUCUCAGCAUACCUCUUGAAGUACCUGGCUGACAAAGAAAGUCUGGGGACAGAGAACUAUAACAAGUUGAUGAAAUUAUUGGAAGUUCACUCGCAGGCAACAGGCAAGCAGGCGUCCAGUGACGAGCUAGACUCAGACACAGUCUACACAGUGGAAGAUAUCAAGCAGGCUCGAGAGAAACACAUCCCAUCCCAAGAAAUUACCUCCAGCACAGUACACAACAUACAGAACAACAUAUGUGGUAACAACAUAUGUUGGAAAAUUUGUACAGACAUAGUGGACUGGGCAUCAGUGCCUCUAGGAACACUUCCAAACAUCUCAGAUGAAGAUGAUAGUGGCGAUGAUGAAGAUGCCGAUCCAGAUAUGAGUGCAGACACAGCUAAGAGUACUGGAAAGGAGCCCUCACACAGUAGUGAUGAUAAUGAUGGCGACUAUGUGACAAGCCGAAGGAAAACCUCCAGGAAGAGGCGAACCAGUGAUGGUGAUGAUGAUGAAGACAGUGAUGACACAUGUAGAGUGGUGGUGAGGCAGGACCUGCUACAGUAG